AUAAGAGGAAACCUCCUUCCACUCCAGCACCGCUCCUUCCCUGCCAUCUCGCCCCGCUCCUUUGGCACCAUCCCUCCCGUCUUUUCCAGAUUUUCGCUACGGGUUCGAAAAUCCGAACAGUAGAAUCCAACAGAACCCCAUUUAGUGGAAUUCGUGUAUUUGAUACAGUCUCCAGUCCUAAUCCCACCUUCGAGCGGUGCGGCUCCUGGCGAGUUCGGGUUGGUUCGGAUUUUAGAAGCUAGGGGAUUCGGUACCCUUUCGGGUCUCCUGGUCCUGAUGGUGCCGGUGUUGCUGCCAGAUUAGACCCAGGAUUCUAGCUGCACGGAACCCUGGCGUCAGAACUUGAAGGAUCAUGUGCAGCCACAGAAUGGUGUCACUUGUGUCUGUGAUUUCUCAAGUCCUGCUUCUUGUUGGUAGCGCAGCUGGAGGUCUUCCAGAAUUCAUCAAAAAGCCAACAGAUGAAAUUGGUGUUUCUGGGGGUGUGGCUUCUUUUGUGUGCCAAGCAACAGGUGACCCUAAACCACGUGUUACAUGGAACAAACGAGGCAAGAAAGUGAAUUCACAAAGAUUUGAGACUAUAGAAUUUGACGAGGGUGCUGGGGCAGUACUGCGUAUUCAACCACUACGUACACCACGUGAUGAGAAUGUUUAUGAAUGUGUUGCACAGAACACACACGGCGAAGUUACAGUCAGUGCCAAGCUGACCGUUUUGAGAGAAGACCAGCUGCCUCAUGGCUUUCCAAAUAUUGAUAUGGGUCCCCAGUUAAAGGUGGUGGAACGCACAAGGACAGCCACUAUGUUGUGCGCUGCCAGCGGAAAUCCAGAUCCUGAGAUAACUUGGUUUAAAGACUUCCUUCCAGUCGACCCUUCCUCCAGUAAUGGUAGAAUCAGACAGCUUAAAUCUGGUGCUUUACAAAUUGAAAACAGUGAAGAGACUGAUCAGGGGAAAUAUGAAUGCGUCGCCACCAAUAGUGCUGGAGUUCGUUAUUCAUCACCUGCUAAUCUUUAUGUGAGAGAGCUACGAGAAGUUCGACGUGUUGCUCCACGAUUCUCCAUUUUUCCUGUGAGCCAUGAAAUUAUGCCUGGAGGUAAUGUAAAUAUCACUUGUGUUGCUGUGGGCUCACCCAUGCCGUAUGUGAAGUGGAUGAUGGGUUCUGAAGACUUAACACCAGAAGAUGACAUGCCUGUAGGACGUAACGUUCUCGAACUCACCAAUGUCAAGGAGUCUGCUAAUUACACUUGUGUUGCAAUGUCAAGUCUUGGUGUUAUUGAGUCCGUAGCCCAGAUAACAGUCAAAUCACUUCCUAAAGCUCCUGGCGCUCCUGUGGUGACAGAGACCACAGCCACAAGCAUUACUAUUACAUGGGAUUCUGGAAAUCCUGAUCCUGUGUCUUACUACAUCAUAGAAUACAAAUCAAAAAGUCAAGAUGGACCUUAUCAGAUCAAAGAGGACAUCACCACUACCAGAUACAGCAUUGGAGGACUCAGUCCUAAUUCAGAAUAUGAAAUUUGGGUCUCUGCUGUCAACUCUAUUGGUCAAGGACCACCAAGUGAACCUGUGGUAGCAAGAACUGGAGAACAAGCCCCUGCCAGUGCACCCCAAAAUGUUCAAGCGCGAAUGCUUAGCUCCACUACUAUGAUGAUUCAGUGGGAGGAGCCUGUGGAACCCAAUGGGCAAAUCAGAGGAUAUCGUGUUUACUACACCAUGGAACCUGACCAACCUGUCAGUAACUGGCAUAAACAUAAUGUGGUUGAAAAUCUCUUGACCACUGUAGCUAGUUUGCUAGAACAUGAAACGUACACGGUCAGAGUUUUGGCUUUUACUUCAGUAGGUGAUGGACCACUAUCUGAUCCCAUUCAAGUGAAGACCCAGCAUGGUGUCCCUGGACAGCCAAUGAAUUUCAGAGCUGAAGCCAAAUCUGAGACCAGUAUUGCUCUUACUUGGAGCCCUCCACGCCAAGAUAGCAUUGUGAAGUAUGAGGUUUGUUACAGAGAAGGAGAGCGAGGGAACGAGAUCAGAAAGACAUUUGAUCCAGCUACAACAUAUGUUGUUGAAGGCUUAAAACCCAACACGGAAUAUAUAUUCCGCCUUGCAGCUCGCUCUCAGCAGGGCCUGGGCGCCUGGACCUUGGAUAUCAGAGAGAGAACUAUGCAGUCCAAACCGUCUGCCCCCCCUCAAGACAUAAAGUGCGUGAGUACCAGGUCCACCACAAUACUGGUAAGUUGGCAGCCACCCCCGGCUGAAAGUCAAAAUGGCAUUCUUGCUGGAUACAGCGUGCGCUACCAAGCUUUGGAUGGUGAAGACACAGAACUCAAAGAAGUGAAGGACAUUUCACCCCAAGCUAUACAGAUCUUAUUAGAAUCUCUGGAAAAGUGGACAGAAUAUCGAAUCACAGUUGUGGCACACACAGAGGUUGGACCUGGACCUGAGAGCUCGCCCGUUGUGAUACGCACUGAUGAAGAUGUGCCCAGUGCUCCACCACGAAAAGUGGAAGUGGAAGUACUGAACUCAACCGCUAUUAAAGUAUUUUGGCGUUCUCCUAUCCAGAACCGGCAGCAUGGACAGAUCCGUGGUUAUCAGGUUCAUUAUGUAAGAAUGGAGAAUGGAGAGGCAAAAGGGCUGCCCUCGAUUAAAGAUGUCAUGCUGGCUGAUGCUCAGUGGGAAAUGGAUGACACAGCUCAAUAUGAAAUGGUCAUAUAUGGGCUACAACCUGAAACAUCUUAUUCAAUCACAGUUGCUGCAUAUACUAUGAAAGGUGAUGGUGCUCGAUGCAAACCAAAGGUUGUGACUACAAAAGGGGCAGUUCCUGGGAAACCUAACCUCUCUGUGCAUCAGACAUCAGAGGGCAGCCUUUUUGUCCAGUGGGAAGUACCUAGUGAUUCAGCAGGGCAGAUUUUGGGGUAUCGUCUACAGUUUGGACGCCAAGAUAUAGACUUGCUUGCUGUUCUAGAGUUUGAAGCCCACGAAAAACAAUACACUGCCACAAAUAUUCACAAGGGUGCCAAGUACAUUUUUAAGUUGGCGGUCAAGGGCCGGGCGGGUUUUGGCGAGGAAUCUAUAAAGGAGUUCAAUGUACCAGAAGAUGUUCCUAAAGGUUAUCCCCAGAUCAUUGACAUGGGAAAUGUCACAUCCGGGUCUAUACAGUUAAACUGGCUGCCACCAGUUCUGGCUGAACGAAAUGGUGUUAUCACUAAAUACACAAUAGCCUACUGGGUUGCUGGCUCUCCAGGAAAUCCCCUGGAAUUGGACCUGCCAUCCUCAGAAAGCUCAUUCUUGCUGAGCAGCCUCAAGCCAAACACUGUGUACGAAGUCAAAAUAUGUGCGCACACCAGUAAAGGUCCUGGGCCGUACAGUCCAACUGUCCAGUACCGCACUUUUCUUCUGGAUCAAGUUUUACCAAAAAAUUUCAAGGUCAAAAUGGUGACAAAAACAUCCGUACUCCUGAGCUGGGAAUUCCCAGACAACUACAACCCACUGAUGCCUUACAAGAUUCAGUACAAUAUGCAGUCUCUGGAUGUGGAUGGAAAGACAACAAAGAAGCUGAUCACCAACCUCAGACCCAAAACAUAUUACAACUUCAUUCUUACCAGUCGUGGUAACACUAUGGGAGGUCUUCAGCAAACUGUGGCAGCCCGCACUGCCCCCAACAUGUUGGGUCAGAAACCAGUGGUGAGCAGAAAACCAGAACCGGAUGGUAGUAUCCAAGUUCAGCUUCCUGAAGUCGAGACAUCUGAAGCAGUGAGGAAUUAUUUCAUUGUGGUGGUGCCUCUGAAAAAAUCACGUGGACAUUUUCUACCCCCGUUGGGUAGCCCUGAAGAGAUGGAUUUGGAAGAGUUGGUCCAGAGUGUUGGGAGAUUGCAUCGUCGAAGCUUGCGUCAUUUGCGGCAUAUAGACUUUCCCAAGCCAUAUAUUGCUGCUCGUUUUAGAACUCUACCAGGGGCCUUUACUCUAGGUGAUCAAAAGAUCCAUGAUGGGUUUGAGAACAAAGCCUUAGAAAUUGGUCAGCGAUACGUAUUUUUCAUAUUGGCCAUGCUUGAAGGAUCUGAACCGAGGAUGUUUGCAGCAAGCCCAUAUUCCGAUUCUAUCCAACUGAAUGAUCCAGAUCCGCAGCCUAUAAUUGAUGGGGAAGAAGGAUUAAUUUGGGUUAUUGGGCCAGUCCUAGCUGUGGUGUUUAUAAUCUGCAUUGUCAUUGCCAUUCUUCUGUACAAAAACAAACGGAAGAACUCAGAACCCAGAACCAAAUGUCUGCUGAAUAAUGCAGAUAUUACCCCACAUCACCCAACUGAUCCAGUGGAAAUGAGGCGUAUCAACUUCCAGACUCCAGAUUCUGGUCUCAGCAGUCCCCUCAGUGACCCUGAGUUUGACUUUGAAAGCAUGUUAAAUCAUCCACCGAUUCCAAUAGCUGACUUAUCUGAACACACAGAGCACCUAAAGGCCAAUGAUAACCUUAAGUUAUCCCAAGAGUAUGAGUCCAUUGAUCCUGGGCAGCAGUUCACUUGGGAGCACUCCAACCUAGAAGUUAACAAGCCUAAAAAUCGCUAUGCUAAUGUGAUUGCUUAUGACCAUUCAAGAGUCAUUCUGCUGCCUGUUGAAGGAAUUAUUGGUAGUGAUUACAUCAAUGCCAAUUAUAUUGAUGGCUACCGAAAACAGAAUGCAUAUAUAGCAACGCAAGGAGCACUGCCUGAAAGUUUUGGAGAUUUUUGGCGCAUGGUGUGGGAGCAGCGUUCAGCCACUGUUGUCAUGAUGACAAAACUAGAAGAGAAGUCUCGAAUAAAAUGUGACCAGUACUGGCCCAGCCGGGGAGCGGAAACAUACGGAAUGAUUCAAGUUACGCUUCUGGACACAAUUGAAUUGGCAACUUUCUGUGUGCGGACCUUUUCUCUCCACAAGAAUGGUUCCAGUGAGAAGAGAGAGGUUCGUCAGUUUCAGUUCACUGCUUGGCCUGAUCAUGGGGUUCCUGAGUACCCAACCCCAUUCCUUGCAUUCCUCCGGAGAGUAAAAACCUGCAAUCCACCCGAUGCAGGGCCAAUUAUUGUACAUUGCAGUGCUGGAGUUGGGCGCACGGGCUGCUUUAUAGUAAUUGAUGCCAUGCUAGAAAGGAUCAAGCACGAGAAGACGGUGGAUAUUUAUGGCCAUGUGACACUUAUGAGAUCACAACGAAAUUACAUGGUGCAAACAGAGGACCAAUACAGCUUUAUCCAUGAUGCCUUGUUGGAGGCUGUAGCCUGUGGGAACACAGAAGUCCCAGCCCGGAACUUGUACACAUAUAUUCAGAAGCUAGCUCAAAUCGAAGUGGGGGAACAUGUCACUGGCAUGGAGCUGGAAUUCAAGCGCCUUGCAAAUUCAAAAGCUCACACAUCCAGAUUCAUCAGCGCCAACCUUCCAUGCAACAAGUUCAAAAAUCGACUUGUUAAUAUCAUGCCAUAUGAAACUACACGAGUUUGCCUUCAGCCAAUCAGGGGAGUGGAAGGGUCAGAUUAUAUUAAUUCUAGCUUCAUUGAUGGAUACAGACAACAAAAAGCCUACAUUGCAACGCAAGGUCCUCUUGCCGAGACCACUGAAGAUUUCUGGAGGAUGCUUUGGGAGAAUAAUUCCACAAUUGUUGUAAUGUUAACAAAACUUAGGGAAAUGGGCAGGGAAAAGUGCCACCAGUAUUGGCCAGCAGAGCGGUCUGCUCGAUAUCAGUACUUUGUGGUGGACCCAAUGGCUGAAUACAACAUGCCCCAGUACAUUCUGAGGGAAUUCAAGGUUACAGAUGCCAGGGAUGGCCAGUCUCGAACUGUUCGCCAAUUUCAGUUCACUGAUUGGCCAGAACAAGGUGUGCCAAAGUCAGGGGAAGGUUUUAUUGAUUUCAUUGGGCAGGUACACAAGACAAAGGAGCAGUUUGGUCAGGAUGGUCCAAUCUCUGUUCACUGCAGUGCUGGAGUUGGGCGGACUGGGGUAUUCAUUACUCUCAGUAUAGUCCUUGAGCGAAUGCGUUAUGAGGGAGUGGUAGACAUUUUUCAGACCGUGAAAAUGUUGCGAACACAAAGACCAGCCAUGGUACAGACCGAGGAUGAAUACCAGUUUUGCUACCAAGCCGCUUUGGAGUACCUGGGCAGUUUUGAUCACUAUGCAACUUAAGAAGCCAUUAUUUGUGGGCUUUACAAACCACUUUAAUCAGUGCUGACUCUUGGAGAGCCUGUGCUCAUCAACCCAAAAACAAACAUGGACUUCUAACCUUGUGGGAGAAUUGUGGAAAACUAUUUAUAUUGACUCUACUUUGUGUACUUGGAGCAUACCUUUCACGACGUCCUAAGGUCUAUUUCAAGCUGCUUCUGGACUUAAACCACAAGAAGUGUUCAUGGAUGUAGACCUCAGACAUUUGGAGCAGUUCUCUUAGCAGAACUUAAUAUCUGUCAUAGAAAGACCGUGGAGACACUGGUUGCAUCUUCACUGUUCUUAUUCUAGGUCUCAAAGUAGUAGAAAUGUUGCACAUCGAACAGUACAGUUCAUUAUUGGACAGAUAUGCUUCUGUAUGCCUGUGUCUAAACCUAAUCAGGAGCCCUCCUCUGUUUUGAAGGACAGAAAUGAAUCCAUGCUGUGGUUUGCACCACAGACCGUUGUCAUCACUAUUGACCUUAUGAUCUCACCCUACCUGCCUCUGACAUGCAACAUUCCUUACUUUCAAGUCAUGACCCUUCUCAAAUAGAAUAUUAACUGCUCACCUGUGUUCUUGCUGAAGUCAUUUACAGGAAUUCAACCUUCCAAAUCUUACUUCUGUUUCUCCUAGAAGUUCCAUUUCACAAAAGCAACAUUAUUUCCAAUAUUCACUGUCAAGUUUGGAAAGAACAACGUUUUAACUCAUUGGACUCUAAUUUCCAACAAUGCCCUAUAUUGUAUAUUUCUAUGUCCACAAUGCAGUGAAUCCUGAAUCAAAGUGCCGCUUGUAUAAUAUUUCGGAGAGAUGUUUUGGGUGUAUGCUUGUAGCCUGCUUUAAAAAGUAUCAUUGUAUCUGUAUCCUAUUAUGUGACAUUAAACCCAAACCCUUUUUAUAUUGUA